CGCAAAUCUUAACAAUUAUCAAGGAAAAAAGAAAGAACGAAAUGUCUUCGUCGAAGCCAGAACAAGAAGUACUACAACACUUCAACCAUAUCCACCCAUUAAAGUUGGUUAUCUCUGGUCCCUUCAAAUGCAAUGGCUGCAACCAGGGGUGGACCCACGUUGGUGGAAAGGGGUGCAGUUGCACCAGGGUUCAAUUCUCCACAAGUGUAUUUUUUUGCACUGGGUAAAACUUUUGGCUGGGUCCGCUACUGGCUGCAACCUUCUCGACUCUGGAAAGACGUACUACUGCGCCAAGUGUGACUACCAUCUUCACGACCACUGUGCCUCGUGUCCUCCUACCCUCCACAACUAUAUGCAUCCACAGCACGAGCUCCAGCUAGUCUUCAAAGGACCAGAACAUUAUUGCGACAUCUGCACUAAAUCAGUCCAGGGGCUCUAUUACCGUUGUAACGCUUGCGAUUUCGAUGCCCAUGCAGUCUGCGCACUGCUGACUGAGGGUCUAGAGCCGCGUCACUCUAAAAGAGAAAGAGCGGCUCGCUUCUUGAAGAACGUAGGGCUUGGGGUUGUUAGCAAUAUCAUCGCUUCGCCAAUUUCCGACAUCCUUAAACAGAUGUUUUGAAAUGGCACGUCAGUAAAUUUAUGCCAUUAAGGUCUGGCACAGUGCCGGCCCGGUAAAUUUGGGUGCCCUAAUCAAAAUUAAAGUCCAUAAAAAAAAUUAUUUUAAAUUAGAUUUUUACUAUUAAAAAGUAUGUUAUAGUUGUCUCUAAAAGUCCACAAUAUUUUUAAAAGGCC